GGUGUUCCUAUAUUGCCCCGAUUGAAAACAUACGUGUACGAAAUCGAAUAGUAGUUUCUUUGUUCUCACCCCUCAUGCUCCCCCUCGCUCCCCAUCUAUCGUUCGCCCUCAUCUACGCCUCUCUCUCUCUCUCUCUCUCUCUCUCUCCAAGAUUAUUCUCCACAAAACCGGCAAUACCCACCUUCGAACACCGUCGAAACGCCGUCGAUCUCAUCCAACUCCAAGGAAAAGAAUUUCUUCUCCGUUGCUGCUCCAAGAUUGCCGACUGUGUUUCUUCCUUCGCCCAUUAUCCCAAAUCGGACAAAGCUUGGAAGAGAAGCACAGUUUUGGUACCUCAGGUUCUAAGAACAAAGGAACAUGAUGUAUCAGAAUCACAACAUAGAGGAUACGUCGAAGCCACAAACAGAUAUAAACACAAGGCCUGAGGAAAUCAUGGCAGAAGCAAAGCGGAAGCCUAGGAAACAUAAAAGAUCAAGAGAUGAGAAGAUAAUGCUCGAGAACAGCAGCACCAUUGAGGUCAACAAGGAGCAACUGAUGUUUGCAAAACUACGAAAUAAUGCAGAACUGCUCAUUGCGAUACUUAAUGGAAACCUUGAUGAGAGUGCAGACUUUGUUUUGGCUGAUUUGAAAAAUGUGGAGGCCACUCACACUGCUUUCACAAGGCGUCAAGGUGACAAAGUUAUCGCGUGCCUUGCCAAUCUAGCAGGCACACUUGACCAGCUCUGUGAUCUAGUCCAAUCUGGUUAGUUAGUUUCAGUAAUGAUAAUGCUUUUGUUAAUAUCUGCCAUCCAAGAGCUAAUAUGCAGUGCCCUUGCUAUUUUUGUGACCUUUGGUUUUAGGACUUUUCAGACUGAAUUCUUGUUAAUCAGUUGUGUUUGUUUACUUCGAAGGCUAAAGUGUCAUAUGGAGAAUUUGUGAUGUAGUAGGUUUAAGGGUAUGUAUGUCAUUUUGAGUCUUUUGUAGUAGAGGGUCUAUAAGUAGGAGUCUAGAGUGUUCAUUCGGUAGCUUUUUGAUUAUUAAGAAUAUUGAAUAUAUUAAUUGAGACAUAGUUUCUCUUUCUA